AUGUCCAAAAAGACGACUUCUGCGGCUCUGUUUCCCAACGCCAAGGUGGCCGCUGAAGUAACGACAUACUCAGCGUCGAGUUCAACUGCAUUGCCAAAACACCUCGUGGACUAUCACGCGUGGGUGGAUGAGAACCGUCCGCAGGAUGCGGCUUACAUGAUUUCAAAUCUGCAGGCACAGAGUCUCAUCUUCUUUGCAAGAGCUUUCGGUGCUAAGCGAGUUCUCGAAAUCGGCUCCUACGUUGGCUACUCUGCGCUCGUGUGGGCGCAUGCCCUUGGCGAAGAUGGCAAAGUGACCGGCCUUGAGUUCUCAGAGGAAUACGCAAAGAUUGCCAAUGCCACUUUUGAGAAGCAUGGGGUGAAGAAUGUGGAAAUCAUCGUAGGGGAUGCGCUCCAAACGUUAUCAGCUCUGAAUCCUGAGGAGCCGUAUGAUUUGAUCUUCAUUGAUGCCCAGAAAUCAGGCUAUCCAAGUUAUCUCAGGGAUAUUCUGGCUGGAUCUCAGCCUGGUUCAACUAAUCGGCUCCUUCGUCCAGGCGGCUUCAUCGUUGCUGACAAUGUCCUUCGACGUGGACUGGUUGCCGAUGGGAGCGAGGAUAAUCCGAACUGGCAACUACAACGACAUGUCGUGCACGCGGAAGAGGAUCUUGUUGCUCUCCGUGAAUUCAACAAGGCCUUGGCAACCCAUGAACGGCUGGAGGCGCUCCUGCUGCCGGUGUUUGAUGGUGUCGGUUUUGCGAGGCUACUCGAUUAA